AUGUCACCUGAAGUGGAGGGUAAAAACCACAGUGAGAUACCCCUUCCACAGUUGGAGGCAGGGACUCUUUCAGAAGAGGAGGGCAUUGGAUCAGUGCGGCCCCUAGUGCCCAGCACAGGUUCAGGAUGUGGUGAUGACAGCGGGGCAGGCCCUCCUCCAGAUCCUGAGGGUCCUGCAGCUGCGGCCAAUGGGGCUGUAGCGAUCCCCAUAGUGGAGAGAGAGACCUGGACCAGACAGAUGGACUUCAUCAUGUCCUGUGUGGGCUUCGCUGUGGGUCUGGGGAAUGUGUGGCGCUUCCCCUACCUCUGCUACAAGAACGGAGGGGGUGUUUUCCUUAUUCCCUACCUGCUGAUUGUGUUUAUUGGAGGUAUUCCUGUCUUCUUUUUGGAGAUUGCACUUGGACAAUUUAUGAAGCAAGGAGGGGUUUCUGCUUGGAAUAUUGUACCGCUUUUCAAAGGUUUGGGCUUGGCCUCAAUGGUGAUUGUGUUCUUCUGUAACACUUACUACAUAAUGAUUCUGGUGUGGGGCCUAUACUUCCUGUAUCACUCGUUCACAAACCCUCUUCCCUGGGCCACCUGUGGACACCCCUGGAACACGCCUAACUGCACCCAGGACUUCAGACGCUCUUGUCUCAACAACACCAACAUGUCCCUCUCUGCACCGGUCAACCUGUCCUCGGCCUUAUUCAAUAACAAUAGCUGCUUGGAGCAGGAGGGCCUGCGCUCCCCUGUCAUCGAGUUUUGGGAGCGUAAAGUUCUCCGUCUCUCUGGAGGCCUCGAUGAGCCCGGUGCCAUCAGCUACGAGAUGGUGUUGUGUCUGAUUGUCACUUGGAUCAUCGUUUACUUCUGUAUGUGGAAGGGAGUUAAAUCCACCGGCAAGGUAGUGUAUUUCACAGCGCUGUUCCCUUACCUGGUCUUGGUGGUGAUGUUGGCGCAUGGAGUCACUCUUCCAGGAGCUAUCGACGGGAUUGUUUACUACUUGAAACCAGAUUGGUCAAAACUCGGAGAGGCACAGGUUUGGAUCGAUGCAGGGACUCAGAUCUUCUUCUCUUAUGCCAUCGGACUUGGGGCUUUGACUGCCCUUGGCAGCUAUAACCGCUUUCACAACAAUUGUUACCAGGAUGCGUUCAUGUUGGCCAUGAUCAACAGUGGGACUAGUUUUUUUGCUGGUUUUGUAGUGUUUUCUGUGCUGGGAUUCAUGGCUGCAGAGCAAGGUGUUGACAUCAGUAAGGUUGCAGAAAGUGGUCCUGGUCUGGCUUUUAUAGCCUAUCCGAAGGCUGUCACACUGAUGCCUCUUGCACCUCUCUGGGCAGCUCUCUUCUUCUUCAUGUUGCUCAUCUUGGGCCUGGAUAGUCAGUUUGUUGGGGUGGAGGGUUUGAUCACCGGCAUCAUGGACAUGCUUCCUCCCAAGUCGCCCCUGGGUUCCCUGCCGCGAGAGGUGGUGGCUGCCAUCUGCUGCCUGAUCUGCUUCCUUAUUGACAUGUCUAUGGUUACUGAGGGAGGCAUGUAUGUCUUCCAGCUGUUCGACUACUACUCUGCCAGUGGCAUCACGCUCCUGUGGCAGGCCUUCUGGGAGUGUGUGGCGAUCGCAUGGGUUUAUGGUGCUGAUCGUUUUAUGGACGACGUGGCUCGGAUGAUUGGCUACCAGCCCCUGCCCUACAUGAAGUGGUGUUGGUCCUACAUCACCCCUUUGGUCUGUGUGGGCGUGUUCUUUUUCCACGUGGUGAACUACAAACCCCUGACCUACAACACGGUCUACACCUACCCUCUGUGGGGAGAGCUGCUCGGCUGGGCCCUGGCUCUGUCCUCCAUGCUCUGCAUCCCUCUCACUAUUCUCUACAAAAUGCUGCGAUGUAAAGGAUCACUGCGGGAGCGCUGGCAGCACCUCACCACUCCUGUGUGGGGCCGGCACCACCUGGAGUACCUGGCCCCUGAGAGCGAGGCCAAGCUGCUGCCCUCUACAGGCACCAAGAGUACACUGCUCUUAGAGAGUGGCAUCUAA